AUGCAGAGACGGAGCCAAAGCCAAGGUGCUGAGCACACGACGGCAAACGAAAGGAUCGGAGCGGCAGGUACUAUGGGGAACCGUUCUCGGCUAAGAGCAGGUAAGGAAAGCAUGAAAUCAAUCAGUGAAGAAACUGAGAGCACCAGCAGAGAAACAGAAGCAGGCAAGUUUCACAGAUUGAAAUGCACAGAUGAAACAUUGGGAGAACCGUGCCUUGACAGGAUCCCUAAUUUCCACUGCAAAAGUUUGCCUUCAAGAUAUCGAGACGCAAACCCGGAAGAUGGCAUCAUGCACAAGCGCGGCUCGAUGUACCAGAGUUCCGGAGAGGUUAGCAGACUCAGGAAUCUCCAAGGAAGGAGCAAACUAAAUUAUUCGAGCAAUAAAGACACAUUUUUGUCCUUUGAGGUUGCCAAUUCAUCCUCUCAGUCUCAGCCUAGCACAAGUGGUGCUUGCUCCUUUCCACUGCGGAGCUAUUCAUGCAAUACAAGGUCUUCUAUGGGGACAAAUCAUAGAAUUUAUCAAGCUUCCAGGGAGAUUAUGAAGCUUUCACUCCAUGAGAUUCCUGAGGAUGACUUAACACUCGAGAGACCACGCAGGGACUGCAAUUUGUUGAAAAAUGAUGCACUAGACAGUUUCCUGGAGAUAUCACUUGAAGAAGAUACCAACAAAGGUUCAUGCACAAAUGCAACCCCUCAUUUGCCAGAAGGCAAUUGUAGCAAAAUUGGAAGAUCAGAUUGCCAACAGUCAGUUGUUUUUUGUCCUGAUGAAAGAGAUGUAGUUAAUUUGCCCAAGUCCUUGUCUACAAAGGUGGGUGUUUUUGAUACUACAUGCCCAUCAGAAUGUGUCGGCAACAGAAAGGCUCGUUCUAGUCCAUUCAAGAAAAUUCUUGAUCCUAUCAUGAAGUCGAAGUCUCAACGGAACCCUUCUCUGAUGGAAACAGAAGAUUCAAAAUCAAGUAGUACUCCAUUUGGAGGAAAAGGCAGGGUAUUACGCAAAUCUUUGUUAAGUGAUAUCUCAAGGGCUCAGCAAAGCCUUGCACCUGAUUGCCAGACAAAUGGGGAAGCCCAGAAAUUGACCGUUACUUCAUCGCCAACUCAUCUUCAUGCUGUUAUUAAAUUGGAUCCGAAUCACGGUGCUCUCGGUUUUGUGUUUAGUACAAAGGGCCCAGAAGAAUCAAUAUAUGUUAAUACAUGGAAAGCUGGGGAUGAACUGAAUUGGAUUUACACUUUCCAUAGCAGUGGCAAGCGAGCAAGCACUGUGGGAAGGACCUCCAAGGAUAGGCAUGGGUGUCUACCUCCGAUUGUAGGCCAGAUGCAUGUGUCUUCCUUUUUGUACUCUAGUGUUGGAGAAGAUGGUACUUUAAAGAACUCAGCCACCACUGAAUUUGUUUUGUAUGACAUUGCUCAUGCAAGACGGAGUUCUGCUGUUGAGAGAAUUCAAUGUACAGAUGCCAUUCGACCAUCAUUCUGCAAUGUUGUCAAUAGUUCAAUGUCUGGACAUACCAGAAAUGAUCUGAUGCAGAGACAAAAUACUACAAGGACUGACUCAGAUCUAUCGACAUCUUGUCUUUGGUCUCGAGAAGAUCUUCAUCCUCAUUUGGAGGUUGCUGCCAUUGUAAUCCAGGUGCCAUUUCAUAAAACAAAGUCCAAAGAAUUGAAAGCUGGAUCAUCACCUGGUACUAUCAAGGCGGUUACAGCAGGUGGUGCACAUGGGUUACCAAGGGAUGAUGAGGCCAGCCCAUCACCAUUACUUGACCGUCUAAAGUCCGGUGGAGCCUGUGAUUGUGGUGGAUGGGACAUGUCUUGCCCAAUUGUUGUCCUUGACAAUGCAUAUGAUAGUUACUGGGCUGAUUCCAUAAUGAACGAAAGCAAAGCUCCUAUGGAGCUAUUUGCUCAGGGUAACAAAGAAGUUCUCCCUGCCCUUUCGAUGAAGGCAGAUGGGAAUGGACAUUUCUCAGUGGAUUUCCAUGCAAGAUUAUCAGCAUUGCAGGCCUUCUCUAUCUGCAUCUCUUUGCUUCACUGUUCUGAAGCUUCUUCAGACAUUGGUAUCGAGAAGUUUAAGAACAAGCUAUACUCCAGCUCGCUGAAGAUUCUCCUGAAGGAGGAAGUGAGGCAGUUAAUUAAUUCAGUCACACCCAAGGAGAAGAAGAAACCAAAGAGCAGGAAUGAAAAGACACCUCCAUCUAUCGUCAUUGACCCUCCCUUUUCUCCCAUGGGAAGAAGGCAUCGAGGUAGGUUUGUUCGGCCUCAGAGUUGCAACUUUGCAUCUGCCUGCACCUUUCUUGUCAGCCGUGCCAAUGGGCAGUUCAAGGCCACGGAACGUGGAGGCGGAAUUUGUGUUUGUGGUGAGGUCGGAUCUGCAAAAUGA